UCGUGGGUUUACGCUCCCACUUUUACCGUUAUCUGACUAGCCGUUCAUUUCGUUUUCGGAUCGGACGUGGCUUGGUCUCUAGUAUUUUUCACAUUUAAAUCCCGGCAUUUCCUUAUCUAAUUAGUGCAGUAUCGUAUCGCGGGUUUACCCUAACACACAUAUUUACACUACAUUUGAUGUGUUCCCCCAUUCAAUAACAGCGCGCAAAUCGUGAGGCCGGCGUAUUCAACGACGUAAACAAGCUUGCCAGCUAGGCACCAUGCGGUCGAAGUCUUUUCCAUAUGCCAGAUGAACGCUUACCUGUGCACACACAAUUAGUAACUUAAAUUUAACAGUCGCGUAAUUAUAGAGACCUGUGAAUGUGAACUGUAUUUAUAUGUGUAACAUAAUAGUGGGUGCAAAAUUGACAUCAGUGAAAUAUAUGUUCUAAUGUGUAAUUUUAAAAAUAAAAAUGGAUAAAAAGCUAGACCUGUUAUCCUUGUUUGAGUCGGACUCGUGGCAGGCCUCUGAUGACUUCCUGGAAAAUAUAUUUUCUUUAGAGCAGGGGUCAUUGAACUUCUUAGACGAUUCAUUGCCUGAUUUAAAUCUAACACCUCAUAAUGCAUCUCAACCAGAAGGUCUUAGUAGUUCUUGUUCCGACAGUGGAUUAUCAAGUGACCCAGCAGAAUUUGACUUCGAACAACAAUUGUCACCUUUCCUCAUCCAAAACUCAUGUGAUGAGGAUUUAUCAGCGCCCGUUCUAGAACCGAUGAGCCCUUGCAACGCCCAGGAUGUUAUUAUACAGGAUACGAACGAUACCUCGAACAGUUCAACGGAAGUUCAGGAAACAUUUGACAUGCUUGACUUCGAACAGAACGUUGUCCCUGGUUUCUUGAAUAACAAUACAUUCCAAAGCCCUGGUAAGGUUGGUAGAAAACGCCGUCUCUCCCACACACCACAAGUCGUCCAGCCGAAAGUCCAAAAACCAACUAUUAGGUUACCUACAUCGGUCCAAAAACCCCUAGUCGUUAAGGCGCAACCACAAAAACCCCUCAAAGUAACGAAUAUACAAGUCAUCAAUCCCCAAACUAAAGUAUAUUCGAAGCCCGUAGAGAGUGUCGCACCGCAGCGAAGAAUGAUUCGCGUCGCGCCAAUGGCUGGCAACCCGAGAUCAAUACUAUUGCCGGUCACAAUAAAAGAUAUGAAAGAUCUUAAAUCAAUCAAAAUCAUCAACGCAGCGGAUCUGAAGAACGCGACGAAUAUCAAAAUAGCGGCGGCGAACCUUCUUUCGCAGAGUAAACUGCAAGAUUUCAAAGUCGAGUCUCGCAGUGACUGCGAUUAUGAUCAAAACGGCAAUCAUUGUGAUGACUCAGGCACCGAUCACAGCGAUGACGAAGAUGAUCACAAGGAAACCCAAUUAAACGAUGGGAGAAACGGAUAUCCCCGUCUCGUUCUAACCGCUGAGGAAAGACGGCUGCUUGCAAAGGAGGGAAUCACAUUGCCAACGAGCUACCCACUCACCAAGCACGAAGAAAGGGAACUGAAGAGGAUCAGACGCAAGAUCCGCAACAAAAUCUCCGCCCAGGACUCUCGUAAACGGAAGAAGGAAUACGUCGACGGAUUGGAGGAUAGGGUCAAACAGUGCACCGCAGAAAACCAGACACUUAUCAGGAGGAUAAAAAUACUUCAGACCCAGAACCAGUCCCUAACGCAACAGUUGAAGAAAUUACAGAACGUACUGACGGGCGUGACGUCCGGCUCGGGCGGCAAGGCGCAGCCGGCCACGUGCCUGCUGGUGCUGCUGCUGUCCGUGGCGCUGGUGGCGCUGCCGUCCGUGCACGAGGAGGUGCGCCGCGCGCCGCCCGCGCCCGACGCCGCCGCGCCCGCCGUCACGCGCGCGCUGCUCUCCGCCGCCAACAAAAUGGUUCUGGAUGAAACCGUAAUAGACGACGGGGAAUUUAAUAUGGAUGAAUUGAUAACAUUCAACCGCGCGCACUCCGACCACGACUACCAAGUGGUGAAGAGCCUGGACUCCGGCAAGGCGUUGUCCGGCGGGUACGUAGACCUGCCCAUAGACGAGGACUGGCCCCCCAAUCUCAAGAAACGAAUGAAAAAGAUAGAGUUCGACUAUGACGACGGCUCGGAUUACUUGCCGCCCAUAGUUAAGGAGGAGAAUUAUGAGAAUUCGUAUAAAACAACGUCUAAAAUCGAAGACAACGAAAUCAAAUUACAUAACGAUUUUCUAACGAACACCCUCCUGUCGACGGGCCGAAAGCUCGGCGAGUUGUUGGAGGCCUUCCCGCCAGUCCCCGUCAAGAAUGAGGAUCUAGUUAUCGAGGAGGUUUCGGAUUUUGAUACGAGAAAUAACAUAACAGGAGUUAAGAGUUUCGUAGUCAACGGCUCGUUAAAUUAAUUCUAAUUUACUAUAUCCUAUUAUUUCGCUAUUCUCGCAUCGCACGUUAUUCAUAUCGGAUAUUAUUUUAUUAUAAUUUUAUACAGAUAAAUAUUUUUUAUUUCUAUAUUCAAUGAAAUUAUUCCUUGAUUUAGUUUAAGCUGAAAUAUAUGACCCAUUUUACCAUAAUUGUUGAGAUUGUAAUGUGUUUCGCGUAAAUAUUUAACGAUUAUGGUGGUGUGAUCGUGAUCGUCUCUAGGUUAAGUAUUACUUCGUGACUAAGUAUAUCGAAACAUAAUAAUUCGUUGAGUAUGUAUUUAUUUUUUAAAUCAAAAUUAAUAUAUUGAUGAAUUAUAUUUUAAAGAUUUUAUAUAAACUUUGGAAUGUCAUUCGUUUUUGCCUAGAUUAAGGUGUUUUUAAGCAUUUUCGUUACGACUUGGUGCAAUUAUGUGUAAGUACUGAUCUACAGUGUUAGUUUUUAUUUAGUUUAAUACAAUUAUAAUAAAUACAGAAUAAGUUCUUAUUCCUUUAAAAUUAUUUUCUGAAACGUCGGAUUAUGAGGUCGUUGAAUUUGGAAUACAAUUGUUAUAUUAAAUAAAAUGUGAAGGAAAA